AUGGCUCCCGGCAUACUCAUUGAGGACACGCCGGAAGAGUCGGCCUUGUAUGAGGAAGCGCCUGUGCUCCCGCUCCCGCAGUUACCGGACGACUAUGGCUAUACAUACGACCACCGAAAUGGAUACGUGCCAGAGUCUUUGGAAGAGACGACAGCGUAUAAGGUCGCCGAGCACAUCUUGUGGGCGCCUCGCAAAAUCCGCGUGGCGUCCAUAGGGGCAGGAGCGGCUGGAAUCAUGCUCUGCUACAAGAAGGAAAAGGAGUUCGGCGACGACAUUGACCUUGUCGUAUACGAUCGUUACGACUCUUGCGGAGGAGUCUGGCAUGCCAACAAGUAUCCGGGAUGCCGGUGUGAUGUCCCUUCGCCAGCUUAUCAAUUUUCGUUUGCUCCUAGUGCUGAGUGGCCACGUUACUACUCGUCCGCCGAGGACAUCAAGAAGUACUAUCACGGCUUCGCAGAGAGCCACGGAUACCUCGAAAAGUACAUCCGGCUCAGACACGAGAUCACCUCGGCCACGUGGCUGGAAAAUGAAGGACAGUGGCUGCUCAAUAUCAAGCACACAUUGUCGGAUGGAUCCGUGGUCCGGAAGCAGGACAGAGUCGAAUUUCUCAUCGCGAACAUAGGUGUGCUCAAUACUUGGAGAUGGCCCAACAUCCCAGACCGAGAACUCUUCACUGGCGCCAUAACGCAUUCAGCCGCAUACGAUACGAGCAUCGAUCUAGACAACAAGCGAGUAGCUGUGAUCGGUUCUGGUGCGUCAUCAAUACAGAUCAUCCCAGCGAUACAGCCGCGGGUGAAGGAACUGGUUUCGUUCUACAGAACACCACAAUGGAUCUCUUCCGGACUCGGCGUGGCAGGGUACACUGAUCCAGAGGGCAAGAACUUCACGUUUUCCGAUGAACAAAAGGCACAGUUCCGCGACGAUCCUGAGUACUACCUCAAGUUCCGCAAGGCUAUGGAGCAGCAGAUCAACUCUAGCUUUCGCCACAAUCUCAAAGACCAUCUAUGGCAGCAGAAAGGGCGGGAGAUGACCAGUGAGCGUAUGCGAAAGCUGUUGAAGGAUGACCCGCGCCUUGUGAAGCGUCUUGUACCAGACUUCCCAAUGGGGUGCCGUCGACUCGGGCCUGCAGAAGGCUUCCUCGAGGCGAUGCAAGAGCCUAACGUCACACUGCCCGAGUCAGCCAUCAAAGCAUUCACGAAGAACGUGGAUGUCAUCAUCUGCGCAACGGGCUUCGACGUCAGCUUCAAGCCAUACUUCCCGAUUAAUGGUCGUGGUGGUCAAUCCCUUGCGAAGCAGUGGGAUAAGGAUCCUGCAGCAUACCUUGCGAUGGGUGCUCCCGGAUUUCCGAACUUCAUGGUUGGCUCAUUGGGCCCAAAUUGUCCUGCUGGUCAUGGGUCCUUUGUAACUGUACUGGAGGCUGCGCAGAAUUACAUCUGCAAGUUAAUCCGCAAGCUGCAGACAGAGAAUAUCAAGUCUCUUGAUGUGAAGCACGAUGCGGUACAAGAGUACAACGAGCACAUACAUGAGUGGUUGAAGCGAACUGUCUGGACUGCUGGCUGCAGAUCGUGGUACAACCAAGGUCAAGCAGGAGGGAAGGUCACCGCUCAGUAUCCCGGAUCUCUGGUACAUUGGAAGAAGAUCCUGGAGGAGCCACGAUACGAAGACUUCGACAUCAAGUAUCGUGGAAGGAAUCGUUUCCAGUUCAUGGGGAAUGGUUUCACGAAGGAGGAGGUCACGGGUGAGGAUCUGAGGCUCUCUCUGCUUCUUCGGCUAGAUCAACCUUCAUCACAACUCGUGGACGAUGCCACGACCUCGACGUCGCGACCGUUGGUUGCUGGCAAUGUGUUCGAAGACGAGGACGACAGCGUAGACCGGCCUGGUAAGGAGGGAGAGAAGUCUGCUCGAAAACGCGCAAGAGAUCGCGUAGCCCAGCAAGAGCACCGAAAACGUCAGAAGGUCUACGUCGAACAGCUGGAAGCGAAGAUCGAGUCCAUGAUCAAGCACUCUUCAUCCAGUGACUUCACGGCACUGAUGCAGGAAAAUGAGGCUUUGCGGAAUGAAGUGAAACGACUCCGAGGCUUUUUCGAUGGCGUCCAAGCUCUUGUGCAAGCACAAGAGCCCUCCAGUCCGCCAGCUGGCGCCGUCGUCGACACUAGCAAUUUUGAUAACAGCGGCGAUGUUGGGCACAGCAGCCUCCAGCAGCAUGCUAAUGUCGCUAUGAACUGUGGCGUGGAUGGGACGCUGCGGGCCGGGAAUUCAGAGCUCACACCACCACAAUGCAGUAGCGAAGAUAUCGAGCAGGACGAGCUCAAUGAAGCUACUGCUUGCAUGUACCCGACUCUGGUCUCGAAUGCCACCGAGUACGACUCGUCUGCUGCAUUCGGCACGUUGAGCGUGCCUUUACAUAUGCAAGCUCACAGCUCGACCGUGAUGACCAACCAGGAGCAACCAUCUCAGCAUGCUUUUGCACGUUGGCCGAACACUGACACUCACGACACACGUGUCUCAAGAUCUAUUCGAGUACCAACGCCUCUUUCGAUGCUGGACUUCAGUGCUGGCUGGCCCGAGCUACUUCCGUGGUUCCAAUCACCCGCCAGGUCUCAGGGGCCAUACGCGUACGGCACCGGCAAUUUAGCCCCGGGGACAGAAGCGCUACAGGACGCCUCUCAGUUCUCGCAACCUUUCGCUCAUACCAGAAUGUCCAGUCAACAGCAAGGCGAGCAAUUUCCUCAUCUGCCGCACCACCUUCGAUUGCCGUCCUUGUUGGGACAUCUCGCGUCAACGGACGCAAUCUUACUCGAAUUUCUGCGCCUCCCUGACCACGGUCUCAUCCACGCCGGCGGCUCGCGUCUGCCGCGACCAUCAAUCAAGGACUUUAUUCUCAACAACUCGCCCAAUGGUUUGUCUUCGAGGAUCAAGUCCUACAUUGCUCCUUUUAGCCGCAACGAGAGAAUACCUGAGACCUUAGCAUCAUACUGGAUCAUUACGCUCUUCACGCGCUGGUACAUCAACAAGGACCAGGAGUCUUACAAUGACAUGCCAGCUUGGCUCCGGCCGACGAAGCUUCAACAAAGCAUGUCUCACGCGAUGACCCUUUCAUUCAUGCCCUGGCCGGGAAUACGCGAUGCUGCAAUUGCUGCGUCUCUAUCGAGUCCGGCCAUGGUCGAAGACAUCAUGGUGACUCUUGGCCAAUUCAUGGAAGUAGACUUGAGCUGUGCAUAUUCUCAAGCCGGUCUGAACACUGCCGAUCAUGCUUCAUUCAACGGUUCUGGUAAUAACGGACACGAUUUGUUAACCCAGAUCCUGGUCAGACCUGACUCCUCCAACGUGCUCGACACUGCCAUCAAAGACCUACGGAAUUGGACACUGAGAGAUGGAUUCUUUGCCAGAUACCCUCAAUGGAGAAGUCUUUAUGUGGUCCCUCGCGACCAACUUUAUCCUCCACCAGCGACCGAUCAGGGCUUUGCAGUGGACUCGAUGCAUCCCGGGCUGGCUUUGCUAGUGUGA